UUAGGAUGAACCCUGGUGGGGACCGAACUUUCUUCCCUGGCCUCCUGCCCUCUCUCCCUCUCCGUUUCCUGCCCGUCCUGGGCGGGGCCGAAGAUGCGCCUUUGGCUUGAACAGUGAGCGACUUUGGCCCAGACCAAGCUCGAAGAAGCCUGGCCCGAAGGGCAGGGCCUCACUGGAGGGCUCCGGGCACGUCAGGCACACCCCUAGAGGCCCGGGCAUCUCGGCACGCCUUGCUGCGCUCCGGGGAAGUCGGGCGAGUGGAGAUAUCACCCGUGGAGUAGGGGCGCGCCGGCUCUAGACCUGGCCCGUCCGAAAAUCCCGGGUCGGCAGCACCUUGGACAGAGACCGGGCCGUGGGGUGCUGCAGGGUGGAGGGGCUGUGCCCGGGAGGGUGAAGGCCCAAGGGUGAGUCAACCUGGGGGUAGCGCGAAAAGCCCGGGCGCAAACUGCAAGGGAACGCGAGCCACCGGGACCCAGAAAGUCGGGUCCCAAUCCAACAGGAACACCAUGCAAAUAAGACUGGGACCGCAUAUAUUAUGCUAAGACGCUGAAGGUCUGGGCGGCUGCCGGGAGGAACCUCCCAGUCGGCCGCGCCCAUUGGCCCUCGCAGCCGCGACGUCAGGAGCCCUGAGCGCGAAACCCUGGCGGGAUGGCGGGGGCGAGCAGCUGGGGCGGAGCCUGGCGUCCCCUCCCGCGUCCGGCCGCGCCCGUCCUCCCGGCAGCCUAGAGACUAUUGGCCGCUGCCGCCGCCACAGCAGCCGCCGCGAGCUGUCCCUGCACAGCGCCUGCCAGCCGCACUGCGCUCCGGAUUCCUGUGCGUCCCCGGCCUCCGCCCAGGCGUGGGGUCGCGGGGCCCGCGCGUGCGCAGCGGGGCACGGGCCGGGACCCCCGGACCAGCGCGUGCGCGGACCGAGCACUGGGAGGUGGGCGGGCGCAGGGAUGAGGCUCCGGGUGCUGUUGGCCCGCUGAGGAGACCCGGGGGCAAGAGGUGCGCGGACCGACUUCGCCCGGCCGGGCCAUGGCGUUCCUGGCCGGGCCGCGCCUGCUGGACUGGGCCAGCUCGCCGCCGCACCUGCAGUUCAACAAGUUCGUGCUCACCGGCUACCGGCCGGCCAGCAGCGGCUCGGGCUGCCUGCGUAGCCUCUUCUACAUGCACAACGAGCUGGGCAACAUCUACACGCACGGGCUGGCCCUGCUGGGCUUCCUGGUGCUGCUGCCCAUGACCUUGCCCUGGGGUCAGCUGGGCAAGGAUGGCUGGCUGUGGGGCACACACUGUGUAGCCUGCCUGGCACCCCCUGCAGGCUCUGUGCUCUAUCACCUCUUCAUGUGCCACAAAGGGGGCAGCCCUGUGUACACUCGGCUCCUUGCCCUGGAUAUGUGUGGGGUCUGCCUCGUCAACACCCUCGGGGCCCUGCCCAUCAUCCACUGCACCCUGGCCUGCAGGCCCUGGCUGCGCCCAGCUGCCCUGGUGGCCUACACCGUGUUGUCGGGUGUGGCAGGCUGGCGGGCCCUCACCGCCCCCUCCACCAGUAGCCGGCUCCGCGCUUUUGGCUGGCAGGCUGGCGCCCGCCUCCUGAUGUUUGGGGCCCGGGGAGUGGGGCUGGGCUCUGGGGCUCCAGGCUCCCUGCGCUGCUACCUGCGCAUGGAUGCACUGGCACUGCUUGGGGGGCUGGUGAACGUGGCCCGCCUGCCAGAGCGCUGGGGACCGGGCCGCUUCGACUACUGGGGUAACUCACACCAGAUCAUGCACCUGCUCAGCGUGGGCUCCAUCCUCCAGCUGCACGCUGGCGUCGUGCCUGACCUGCUCUGGGCCGCCCGGCACAUCUGCCCCCUGGACUGAGCCACCUCCCGCCCGCCAUGCCGGCCUGCUCACAGUCUUCUAGGGCCAACAGCACCAUGCUGGCUCCCUGGAUGCUUCCAGUAAAUGGGACUUCCUAGCAGGGAGCCCUCGUCUGUUCAUCCAUUCUUCCCUGUGGACUAGCCUCUUUUACUCACACGUUGGAUCUCCACUUCCCCUUCCUGCCUUCUUCCACGGGACUUAUAGGCUGAAAGGAAACCUUCCCUUCUCUGGGCCUGUUUUUACCCUCUGUGACCUGUGAGGUUUGGGCCAAAGGGACAGUUGGGAUCCUGCCAGCCCAGAGCCAUCACCCACCCUGACCCUCACAUAAGGCACCUCACAGCUGCCUAGCCCAGCCUCCUGCCCUCUGUCUGUCCACCCUGCAUGCUGGCCCUCCCAGCAGCCCGUUCUCCCUGCUGUCCAGAGACUGGAAUGAGGGGUCUGGACAACAGGACUAGCCUCUUAUCCCAGGACCUAGGGGCAGGAGGGUGGUGGCUGCUGCUUUUUCCAAGCAACUGGCACAGAGAUGUAAAGAGCUGAAUGGCCCCGGACCCAAGCCCCACUGGACUGAGGGCACCCUCCACCUUGAGUGCUCUGAAAGCUUGACCUGCCCAGCAGGGACAUGCCUGCUCAGGAAAUCUUUGCUCCACACAGUGGGUGACUCCCAGCUCCAAUCUGCCAGCCUGGGGCUUGGGGCCUUGCAGCAGAGCUCAACCUUGGGCCGUCGCAGGGGCCUCAGACCCUGGGCAACGUCAGUAAGCACCGUGUUGCCAUGCAAGCAAGCUUGGGUACUCCCAAGAUUCAAAUACCUUUUAUUAGACACGGCCAGGCAGAAGGGACCACUGGAGUUUCCAGACGGACCCCAGCCUCCAGGAGGAUGGAGAGAAGGGGCUAAGAGGUUAAAAGUGCCGAGCCUGGGCCUGUGGGCUCAGGUUGGGCCCAGUGAGUCCUCAAACAGGCUGAGGAGGUUCCGAGGCUCAAAGGCGGGGAAGGUGCCCUGUGGAGGCUCUGAGUCAAUGUCACUUAGGUCCAGAGAAUCCCUAGGGGGAGAGAAGAAAGAGAAAUGACUCUCAGGAUCCAAAAGCUGCCCCCUCCCACCCCCUGGGACCCUGGGCCCGCUCACCUCAGCGUGUACCUGCCCCGGGAGGCAGGGGAGCCACUGCAGGGGGUGGAGGUGCUCCCGGCAGCACUGGCCAGGAUGGCCUCUGGAGAGAGCGAGGGCCUGCGGGGGGUAGGCAAGACAAGCAGGGUGUUGAGGGGAAGGGAGGAGGCCACGGCUGGGUGGGAGCAGCAACACCAAUCCUGACCCUGUGCGGGCUCCGAGCUCCUGCCUGACACAGGCAGGUGCCAUUCUCGGACAAUGGGCAUUGGUGGACAUUGAAAGAACACUCUGACAACUUCUAAAGUCUACCUGACCACACUCAAAUGCCACCUCUGUCCCUUUUCAGAACACAUGGGCUCUGACUGAGCUGACUUUGAAAUGACCUUGUGGUAUCUGAAGCUCAUCUGGCACUUUGCCUGCUAUAAAGCGCCCCCAUGGCAAUGGGGUGACAUUCUCGUAAGGAAGGGGUUAAUGGCGUGAUUCCUUCUGAGAACUGUCUGCCCUGAGCUUGUAGUUUCCUUUGCAGUAGUUUCUUAAUUACAGCCUCUCACUUGGCCACCAGGCACGUGGGACUAAGGAAUUCCUCCCAGGGCGGGAGCUCACCAGGCUCUGGGGGUUUUGCGCCCUAAGAGGAAGGAUAACACCUUGCCCUUGGGUACUGGCAGCCUCUGGGGGGUGGGGGCUGCACCGCCUGCCUUUCCCAGCAGGUGCUGUGGCCCCUGUGCUGCUCCCCAGCAUGGCAGCACCCUCACUGUGAGGUUGCCAGUUCGCCCUGCUCCGUACGGCCCCUGGUCCACACACUGAGAUUAGAAGAAACAACUGCAUUCAAACUAGGCCAGGCCGCACCCCCACCAGCCUUGGUUUCCUUCCCGGCGUUUGAUGGGGGCCAGGUUUGUGGGAGGAAUGCCGGUUCACUACUAAUUCCCGUGGCGCUGGGGCCUGGGCCUCGGGCAUGGGGUUUGGCCAUGCUGACGGCCCGUCUCCCCCAACUCCCAGCCGCCUGCCCAGAGUCCUCACCCACCCUAUGCUGUCGUCAUCCCAGUUGCUGGCGAGGCUGCUGUCCAGGAGGAGGCUGCAGGGCGGCGAGCCAGGUGGGGUGGCCGGCGGACCCAGGGGCUGCAGCCAGCUGGCAGGGUGUGCCAACCCGUGCCAGAGCCAGCAUAGCAGGGAAAGCAGGGCCUGUGGGGACAGGGGGCCAAGGGAGGCUAGGUAGACCCUGGGCCAAGGAACAGAGCAGGGCCGCCCAUCACCUUCCCUGGCUUACCUGCCACAGGGCCCACCCUCGACUGAGGGCCUCGGCAGCCAUGUACCACAGGACGGUCCAGGGCCGCGGCUGCCUGAGCAUGGGCAGGGCCAGCAGGGCCUCGGCUGUGGCCCGCAGCUUGGGGUCAGGUUCCAGCAUCAUGGUGAGGACAGAACGCAGCUCAGAAGACAGGCCUGUCCCCGGGGCAGGGCCACAUCAGAGGUGAUGGGGCCUUGAGCCUGGCAGUCCCUUGCCACCAGCCACCCCCCAUGAGAGCCUGCCCUCCCUGUGGCAGUGCAUCCCCUCCAAUUCUCUCCUCCCACUCACCAGCAGUGAACUCAGGGGGCAGGUAGCCCUGGCGCAGCUGCUGCCAGCCCUCCCCACCAUGGGGCAGCUCCAUGUUGCACGCCACCUCCAGGAUGGUGAGACCCAGGCUGGGAGGGACAGGGACAGAAGAGGGGCAGGGUUGACUUCGAGACACAGAACCCAGAGCCCCAGGCUACCCCCAAGAAGAAGGGUAGGAAAGGGAUGCUAUCUUCCACCAUGAGCCAGGGAGGUGGGGAAGGAGGCGCUGGGGGCCCUAAGAAGGUCUCGGCAGGGCUGAUGAUGGGGACUAUAUCAUGGAGCACAGACCCCGGGCCCAGCGUAGCUCACACACCACCUACCCCCCCACCCC